AUGGACAAGAUCAGAGAGAAACUUGGCAACCUAAAGCUCGAAGCCGAAUCGUGGCAGGAAAAAUAUGAGGAUGUUAAGGAACAAUUGAAGCAAUUGGAACAGGACAACACGGAGAAAGAGAACCAAAUAAAGGCUCUCACGACCAAAAACCAGAACUUGGAUUCCGAAGUGGAAAAAUUGGAGUCUGAGUUGUCGGAGCACAAACAACUGUCCGAAGACUCCCACAAUCUGCGUUCUCACAACGAGAACUUCACCAAGAAAAACCAGCAAUUGGAAGAAGAACUCGAGGAAAGCGAUUCGAAGCUCAAGGAGACCACCGACAAGCUCCGCGAGACGGACCUAAGAGCUGAGGGCCUUGAACGCAAGGCUGUGUCGCUCGAACAGGAGCGUGACGACUGGGAAAAGAAGUAUGAAGAGCUCCAGGUCAAAUACGACGAGGCCAAGAAGGAACUCGACGAAAUCGCAGCGUCGCUAGAAAAUUUAUGA